UUUUUUGCGACCCAAUGCAAGGAGUCUGACGUAACAGACCUGUUCGCUCCAGGACUGCCCUACUGCUUAGCCAUGUCCAGCAUGACAUCUGGCAAAUCAUUAAAGAUGUUUCCAACAUACUGGCCCGCUCCGCACUUGUUGCACCACCCUCUAUAUCUGUCGCUUCCUCCUUCAGAGGGUAGUACCUUAUCACCAUCUUCUUUGAGUUUCGGGCAAGUCCUGAAAUUGUAUAGUGAGGACGGUCAGAGCUCCAAGACGUUGCCGGUCUGCUCUUUAACCGUCGGUUUUCUCCGAAUGCAAAAGAAUUGGGACAUCGAGCAUGAUAUGGACAGACUCAACUUGUGGGUUCCGGGGAAAACAGAUCCAUACGCGAUUUCCUUGGUGAAGGGCUUUCGUGCUUUCUUCCUUUUGAACGCGCUAUUUGCACUCGCUGAUCGUCGGGUGGCAACCAUCCGCUUCCUCUUCGCCAAUGUAUUCGUCAAUCUAUUGCAAUACAUAGAGGAGGAGUGGACUCUACUUAUCGACUGCAUCGAGAAAGGGAUCAUUCCAGACAUAGAAAAAUUAGACCACUUGCGAGAACCUUUGGAGAAACAUUUUACUCCAAACCCUAUUCGUGCUGCCGAACUUCGCGAAAUUGGACCUCCUGGAAUCCAGGGAUGGGCCGUCCGUGUGUGGCCUGACUUGAAAAAGUUCAUCGGGAUCACUGGAGGCUCCGCUGCUGCAUCCGUUCCAAAGGUUACUCAUAUUCUUGGACCUUCUGUCACGAUGCAGGCUCCUUGUUAUGGCAGUUCAGAAUGUUUUAUCGCCGUACCAUAUUUCAACGGCAACCCUAAUACCGACUUCAAGAUGGUGCCCGUAGAUGGGGUCACCGAGUAUCUGGAUGUGCGUUCCAACGAGCCUUCUGAGCAUGUAUUGUCCGCUUGGGAGCUUGAGACUGGAGGGCAUUAUGAGCCCGUCUUGACGACCCGCAAUGGCAUGUGGAGAUACCGCAUUGGCGAUGUCGUCGUCGUUAAAGGCUUUGCGCCAGACGACGGAUUACCUGUCAUCAAUUACCUUCAUAGGCGAGAUGGCUCACUUAAUCUGGCGUAUGGAUCAACAUGUACAGAGUCGCAACUGACGGACGCGAUCGUAUCUGCAUCUGAACGAUGGAUCGGCCAGAUCAUAGAUUUCACUGUUGUAGCUGACGACCGAAUCGCUCCAGUUACUUAUGGGUACUUGGUAGAGAUUGAAGGGGAAAUAGGAAAGGACGCGAAACAGGCGGUACAGCAUACUUUUGAAGACCUCGCGAAAAACAAUGUGUAUCAUCUUGCGUUUUUGCAAGCGAGAGGAAGAAAGCCAACUAUCCGUCUCGUGGAGAGAGGCACGUUCACAGAAUAUCGCAGGCAGAAAUGCGACAAGACGAAUAUCUCGAUGGGCCAAGUGAAGGUUCCCAUCGUCCUAUCCAACGAGACGUUUAAGGAAUGGUUCCUGCAGAGAGUCAUCGUGGAGCUGUAAGAUGCUACACAAGAGUCUGGGUUCGAAUUUUAAGACGAAUGGGUUUGUUAAGAUUACCGCUUUUGAAUAUGUUUUAGUCUUGGAAAUUGUUGUCGAGAUGUCGGGGGUCUCUUGUACUGAUAAGCAUGUGU